AUGAGGAUACUACGCAAUAUAUUACUCCCGUUUGUCGUUCAUUUCUUAGUCGUCUAUGGUCAUGAUGAAACCGUAUCCGACGUAUUCGACACGCCUUCAGCAUCCGUCGAAACUCGCGACGUCGUCGGUCCGACUGAUUUUCUUGGCCAAACUGAAGAAAUCAAUGAAGGCUCCGAUAGUUUUGCGAUCAGUACGGCUAUGGUAGAACCGUUUACGGAAACGACGCCAGCCAUCACAACGACGAAGCUCGAUGACUAUGGACAAAAUUUUCUGAAGAAGAUCAAUCAACUGAGUGGGGAUCGUCUGAAGGCAACUCCGCGCUCUGAUCUGACGGUCAUCCGAUGUCGUAUCCGAUCCAGUUCAGCUGGGAAUUUUGUUCGCAAAGACGGUUUCGGCCGGCUUUGUUACAUUUUGAGAAUGAAGUGUGACAGCCCAUCAUGGGCCAUCAACCACUACCUUGUUCUGAAGAACCCCAAUCCCCUAGUUAAUGAUGAUUUACUCGACUUUGGAGUAUCCAUUCUUGGAGGAGAUUUUGCUCUAGACUUCACAAAGAUUCUUCCUGAACUGCAGCAGAAUACCAUGUGA